AUGACCUCGACGAUGAAACGUGGUCUAGGUCGAGGCACUGCCCUUCCACCAAAUCGCUAUGGUAUCCCAACGGACACGCACAGUUUUACUCUUCCGGCGCGCUCGCGGGAAGCUAUAGGCUACUACCAGAGUAAAUCCGGGCCGGCUAAAAUUUAUACCGCACGACCAGCACCACACCUUCAUCCUCGGCUCCUGGCCGAAAUUCUUAGAUGCCAAUGUCCUAUCUGCAGCACCCAUGAUAACCACACUCGAUUUUCUCUCUCUCGCUGGGAAAUGCGCAAGACCACCCUGUCUCCAGGACCUUCUCGACACAAGUAA